ACAAGUCAAACAUUAAUCGAAAACAUCCGUCAUGCUCGAAAAACCCAACUUCCAAAAUGGCGCCAAAUCCACCAGGGUUUGGUGCGACGGCUGCUACGACCUGGUGCACUUUGGUCACGCGAAUUCCCUACGACAGGCCAAAGCUCUCGGGGAUCACCUCGUCGUCGGAAUUCACAGCGACGAAGAGGUCACCAAACACAAAGGACCUCCGGUUUUCACUUUCGAGGAGCGCUGUAAGAUGAUUUCGGCCAUUAAGUGGGUAGAUGAAGUGGUGGAAGGCUCUCCUUACGUUACGGAUUUGGAGAUCCUCAACGAGCACGCUUGCGAUUUCUGCUGUCAUGGAGACGAUAUCACGUUAACAGACGCCGGAGAAGACACCUACCACAAGAUCAAGGAAGCUGGGCGGUACAGGGAGGUCCAGCGAACCCCUGGAAUAUCGACCACGGGUUUAGUUGACAGGAUUUUAGCCGUGGCGGAAAAAACGAAUCGGAAGGAGCUGGCGAAGUCCCCGUGGACCGGUUCCAGCAAGUUCCUCCUCACUGCGGGAAAAAUCGUCCAAUUCUCACAGGGAAGGCCGCCGAAGGAAGGAGAUGUGGUGGUGUACGUGGUCGGCGCGUUCGAUCUGUUCCACGUGGGGCACCUCCACUUCUUGGAGAAGGCCCGGGAGCUGGGGAAUUACCUGAUCGUGGGGCUGUACUCGGACCAGGUGAUUAAUCGGUAUAAGGGCGAUAAUCAUCCGAUUAUGACGCUACAUGAGCGAUUAUUGAGUCUAUUGGCGUGUAAAUAUGUCUCGGAGGUGGUGAUAGAUGCGCCGAUGGCCGUUACCAAAGACUUAAUGGAGUGGUUUAAAAUUGAUGUCGUCGCAGGUGGACGUUUUGGAGUGGAAGACGGAGCAGACUCGGACGAUCCUUAUAAAUAUCCUAAGGAAGUGAGGAAAUUUGUUGAGAUUAAUUCCGGGAGUGAUGUCACGACGGAAAAAAUUAUCGAGCGAAUCGUUAAGAAUAAAUUAGAAUACAUGGAAAGGAACGAAAAGAAGGAAAAAAAGGAGCUUGACUUGAUUAACGAGAUGGAGAAGAAACAAGAAUGGAAACAGACGAGCUGAACAAUUCUAUUAUACAAAUUAUAUUCGAAUUUACAUUUUUUAACUGUAAUUUACUUAUAAGGGAUGGGCUGUUGCUGUUACUUUAUAUUGUACCGCUUUAUUAUUUUUAUCUAACCGUUGACUUAUUUUAAC